UUUAGUGUCCUUUUUGCGCCACGUUUUGGCUCUCUUGGAAGUUAUUUUGAGUGUGUCUGUGGUUUUCGUGUCUCUUUUGUCAUUGUUGUGUCAGUUUGUGAUAGUUUUAUAUCUUUGCAGUCAUUUUGUGUCUCUUUUACUGCAAUUUUGGCCUCUCGGAAGUUAGAGUAUGUUGGUGGUUUUUGUGUCUCUUUGCAAUCAUUUUGUGUCAGUUUGUGGUAGUUUUAUGUUUUUGUGGUCAUUUUGUGUCUCUUUGCAGCACUAUUGAUCUCUCUUAGAAGUUGGAGUGUGUCUGUAGUUUUCGUGUCUCUUUAGUCGUGUCAGUUUGUGGUAUUUUUGUGUCUUUGUGGUCAUUUUGUGUCUCUUUUGCAGCACUUUUGGUCUCUCUUGGAAGUUAUUUUGAGUGAGUCUGUUGUAUUUGUGUCUCUUUGCAGUCGUUUUGUGUCAGUUUGUGGUAGUUUUAUGUUAUUUUUUGCUAAUGAGUUUGAUUAAUGUUUUAUUUCUCUUGUUUUGUGACUCUCCAACAUUAACAGUCACUUCAAACAGUGGUGCCCCUUUGCCUCUCAGGGUUCAGGGCUCCUCCAGAAUCCUGGCUCCGGCCCUGUCCUUUAUUAAGCUGAUUGGACCGAGGCCGGGUCAUGCUCCACAGUUUCUGCCCAUCCUCCUCCUCCUCCUCCUGCGUGUUUUCUCCGCCCUCCGUGGUUUAUAAAUGAGGCAGGCAGGCUGCAAGCAGCGGGGAUCAUCAGAGCAGCAGGGAACCGAUCAGAGGAUGCAACAUGGCGGAAAGACGCCGCCAGCAGUCGCCGUCCAGGUGCUUCUGUCCGGCUGUAGGACAGUAGAACCGCCCGGUUCUGGCUCGGUUCUGUGGAUAUACAGAGAAGCAGCAGUUUGCUUUGAGUCAAGAGCCGAAAAAAAGUGAAAUUGAUCCACCAGUGAGGACUUGGAGAUGAACCGACACGCAACAGACGUCCAGGAGCCGGUGCAGGAGAGCGGCUCCUCCCCGCCGCUGCCCGCCGAUCAUGUGCUCAGCUCCGGAGCGGUGCUGUUCCCUGGUGCUUUCGAUCAGCACGGCUGCCCUUUGAUCGUGUUCCCUGUGGAUGGACAAACCAGACUCUCCUCAGAACUCAGCAAAGCCGAAGUGGUCGACUUCAUAAAUUACUUUCAUGGGCUGCACAUUAAGAAGCAGGAGAAGCAGAGUUUAGUGUCAGUGGUGGCUGAUCUGAGGCAGGCUUCACCGGCUGCGACCAGGUUCAUCACCGAGACGCUGCUUCUACUCGAGCUGCACAGGCGGACUGUCCACUGUGUCUACAUUAUUCAGCCCAAAAAGAAAGAUGUUCUGAAGCUGCUGCUGAAGCUCCUGGCUCCGUCAAAGUCUUACACCCCCUCUUUCAAGAAAGUCCUUCUGAAAGAAAUCCCGGAGCUCUCCAACUACAUUGACCGAAGCCAACUACCAGCAUCUCUGGGUGGUUACCUCAUGUACUGUCACCAGAGCUGGGUGGCCUUCAUUAAGGAGAUUGAUGCGUUCGUCCAGGAGUUCCUGUCUGUGGUCCAGCGGCUACCCUCGUGUAUCUCCACGCUGCAGGCUCUGUCCAGGCUGCCCCUGCCCUCCACCUUCACCGAGCUCCAACAUUUCUGCUCCACCAACGAAGCAAAGUUCCAUCAGCUCAGGAGGGAGCUGGGUCUGGAUGAGCUGCUGAGGCACUGUGACAGCGUGGUGGAGAAGCUGCGUUACCCCGACAGGGAGCCGUGCUAUCAGGCCAUGGCCGGCACCGCCCUCUUCACCCACACUGCCUUAGACAUGGCGCAGAACCACAGCAGAAUAACUGCAGCCGUGGAAAAAGUGGAGCUUCUGUGGCAGCAGGCCUUUUCUAAGGCUCACUUGCAGCUGCAAGUGUUCCAGCUACGCGAUGAUGCACUGCAGAUCACAGAGAAGAUUGAAACUCUUCUGCAAGAGAAGCUCCAGCCCUACAAAAUGGACAUCGCCAAGGACGCUGCAAAGGCUGCCAUGAUGGUGUCUGAAUUUGAGACUUCCAUUCACACUCCUGCCAUGGCUCUUGUUCGCUGCGCUGAAGACGUGAUCCACACGUUAGUGGAGAUCCUGCCGUUGGACGGGCAGAUCAGGGAGAGCUGGGUUUUGGAUCUGGAGAGGCUGAAGGAGAAACUGCAUUCUGCUGUGCAUUACAUUCUCCAAACCCUCAAAGCAGCUUCCAGCUACCAUCACUACUACAACAAGGCCAACACCUGGUACAGUCUGGUCCUCUGUGAGAACUUCCUCCAGGAGCUGCUGUCAGGUGUCAACGGAGACACUGUUUCCUCUCAGCGGCAGAGGAACAACUGGACGACUAUCCCUCCAUGGAGACGGAAGCUGUCCACCUUCCUGAAGAAGAAUCCUCCUCCAGACAUGGAGGAGCUGCUACAUCUGGCCCAUCUGUCUAGUUCCAUCCCAGACGAUGAGAUCCAGCAGGCGGGCAAGCAGAUGUCUCAGAGGUGUAUGACCCUGAGGAAGCUCCUGAUUUCUUCAGGACCGGUGGCAGUCAGGAACCUCCAGCUUGCCUUGCAGUGGCAGUAUGAUUUGUUGCGGAGCAGCCACAGUAGUCCAUCCCCUGCUGACAGCGCUGCAAACAGAACAACUCAGGAUGAUAAGCACAGCCCCUCAGAGUCUAACCUCACUAAAUGUGAAGGAGGUAAAGAAGCUCUCCAUCUUCUUGAAACAUCUCCUUCGAUUGCGGUUCCCGCAAUGGUGUCAGCUGAGGGCAAGCCUCCCUCCCUCAGCUCAUUCGACUCUGGUUUCGAUGGAGCUGGGAGCAGCCAGCUGGAGGCCUGGGGAGGCAGGGAAGGACUGGAAGGUCUGUCCAGAUUAGCAGGGACCAGGGACCCUGUGAGAGCUGCCUCGAGUUAUCCUCAAAUCCACGAGGAGAACUUCUCCAGCAUUUCAGACUGUGAGGAUCACAGGGAGGAGUUUGACUUGGGCUCUGUGGGAAACUCCUCCAGGGCAAGCAUCAAGAUCAUCCCCAAUGUAACGGUGGACUCGCUCAACUUUGAGAUCAAAGUGAAGCGCUCUGCUGCGCUGCCCAAUAAUCCCUGGCUUAGCUUGCCGGCGGAUGAUUUGGAAAACUCCUAUACGGUGACUAUUACACAGAACCCAGCGCCACAAAAGAGAGACCCGCACUUUCACGAACCCUCAGCCAUCCAUUCUGCUGCCGGUCAGACCAGCAGGUCUCGAAAUCAGCCCACACAGACGGAAUCUUUGAGCAGCGACAGGAUGCUUUAUUCCCAAAGUGGUUUGGAGGAUCCUGAACUGAGCCCCAUUCGCAACAUUCUCUCCAGCACUAUUACUGAUGGAAGAGACAAGUCUGUGUGUUCAACAGAGGGGAUUCCUACUCUUCUAUGGGAUUCUUAUGACCUCCAUGAGCAGAAUCCAGAUACCACUGAUGGUGUGACGGAUGUCUCCCUGAAAGACUGGGAUGUGAAGGAGCAGGAGGGUCUGAGGGAGGUGGAGAAGAUCCUGGACAGAGCUGAUGAAAUCCUGGAGGAGGAAGAAAAUGUUCUGGCUCAGGAAGCUGUGCUGGACUCCCUGCUGAGGUUGGAGGAAAGGCAGAAUAAUCUCUGGCCAGUGUGGGACAGUGAAGGGCAACUUUGUACGAUGUCAUCCAGUGAGCUGGCUGAAGCCGGUGUUCUCGGCCUCGAGGACUCCCUUGACCUCCCAGAAUCUGACAGCUUCAACGAACUCAAAUCAGCAGAUUCUCCAGUUGAAUCUAAAGCUUCUGCAGAUGACUUUGACACUGAAGCUGAAAUAGUGGGAGAUACAGGUUCGUUCAACAGCAGGCCGGACCUGCUGACAGAGCUAAAGAAAGUCCACAUUCUGGAUGAGCUGAUCAUGGAGGAGAACCUGAAGAUCCACAAGCUCAGAAGCUUUGAAGAAAACCCCAACAAUGAGCUCACAGAAAGCCAUUCUUCGGAGCCAAACGGGCCACAGUGUGUGCACAAUGAGAGGGAGGCUUUCUGUUUGCAACUUGAAAAGGAGAAAAAAGAGGUGGAGAAACUUGAGAAGAGUUUAGACAAAAAGCACAAAGUGAAAAAGAAGAACAAACAUAGAGAGGUUAUACGAUGUUCUGUAAUGGAAAAGUGUAGAACGGAGAAUGAGGAGGACCGAGCUCUCUGUGAGGAGCUUUUAUCGGACAGUUUCAAGAGAUCACGGAGCAAUCCUUCUAAUUUGUUGGAUCAAAACGAUUCUCCAACUCAGGGUACAACAUCCGAUCAGGAUGUUGAGAAAGAAGCUACACCAGAAGACUUGGAUCAACUUCCAGUUUCCAAGUGUGAGGAUCCCAGUGACUCUGAAGCUGAUCCAUCUCUGUGUAAUAGAACUACUUUUAACGGUUCCUCUGAGUUGAAGGAAACCUCUGAGGUGGAUAUCCAACCUCGGAAAUGUAUCUAUGGCACAGAACUGGACAAACUGGUAGAAGAAGCUAACCAGAACAAUCCAGAAGCUUCUUUAACCCCUGAAAUGAGGCCAGAUGAUGGAGCGUUUGACCCAGGUGGAAAAUCAAUCCUUCCUCCGGUACCCAAGCCGAGAAAGGCUUUGCUUCCUGUGACCGAUAAUCUCACUGAACUCGAAUCUCCUCAUUCCACAGAGAUGCUCGAUCCAUCUCCGUUUUUAGUAGCUCAAAAUCCUGGUUUUGCACAACUUGAUCUGCAAGAUAAAACAUUUGAUGCGCUGCCAGAGAAUGUGGUUCCAGAUGUCUUGGUUCUCAACCCAAACGUAAAGGAGCACAGUAACAACAACAAUAACAACAGUGCACCAUCAGAGAAGUGUGACGUGCCAGUAGAAAGCUUGUCUGAAGUAACCACCAAAGACGAAGAGGAAACACCAGCGGUGCCAACAUGUUUGCUACAGAUAACGGAGGAAAUCCAGGCCUCACCUAAUGGAGAUAAACCCACAUGUAACCAUUCAGCAUCUCCGCUCACUCCUGAUCAUCCUCUGGAGUUUGAUCCAGGUGGUGAAGAUGAACUGAAUGAAGAGCCGCCUGAUUCAGUUCAGAGCUCUGAGACUGUGAGAAUAUCACACUCUAGGUCUCCUGAGAUCCAGGUGCAGCUCAACAUCAGCAUGAGACAGAUGGAUGAUUUCAAGACCCCUAUAGUCCUGGAUACGGGGUCUGGUUUGAUGAAAGCGGGAUUUGCAGAUCAAGACCUCCCGAGCCUCAUGUUCCCAACAAUAAUUGGGAUGCCAAAGUAUGAGGAAAUAAUGAAUGGCAACCUUGAAAGGGAGACCUACAUAGGCCAUGACGCUCAACACAUGAGAGGGGUCCUGGCUCUGAAACACCCCAUAAAGAACGGGAUCAUUCGCAACUGGGAUGAAAUGGAAAAGAUUUGGCACCACACGUUCCAGCAGCUGUGUGUGGAACCAGAGGAUCACCCUGUUCUGCUGACCGAGGCGGCCAUGAACCCUCUGGAGAACCGGCAGCGGAUGGUGGAGAUCAUGUUCGAGUGUUUCAAUGUUCCUUUCACCUACGUGGCCAUGCAGGCGGUGCUGGCGCUCUAUGCUGCAGGGAGAACCACUGGUGUGGUGUUUGACUCUGGAGACGGUGUGAGCCACAGUGUGCCUGUGUUUGAGGGAUACUGUCUACCUCAUGCAGUGCAGCGCUUCCCUCUGGCUGGUGUAGAUGUUACAAUGCAUCUUAAAAAGCUUCUGCGGGAACAAGGGGUUUGCAUGCGAACCUCAGCAGAGGAGGAGAUCGUGAGGGAGAUGAAGGAGAAGUGCUGCUGUGUGGCGCUCCACUAUGAAGCUGAGCUGAGUCACGGGGGUUCAUCCUGUGGGGAGAUGCAUUACACCAUGCCAGACGGACAGAUUGUCACCCUCACCACGGAGAGGUUCAGGGCCCCUGAGAUUCUUUUUAAACCCGAGCUGAUUGGACGGGACCAUUAUGGGAUGCACGAGAGCAUCUUCAAGUCAAUCCUCGGCUCAGACAUUGACCUGCGGCGCUGCUUCCUGGGAAACAUCGUGCUGUCAGGUGGGAACACUCUGCUGGCCGGCCUGCCCGAGCGGCUCCAGGCUGAAAUCGUAGACCUGCUGCCCGCUGACAUGGCGGAGGCCGUUAGGGUCAGCAGCCCCAAAGACAGAGACUUCUCAGUGUGGAGUGGAGGAGCAGUGCUGGCCAGCCUGCCCACCUUCAGCUCUGCAUGGAUCAGCCAGGAGGAAUACGAGGAGUACGGACCGCAGAUCGUCUUCAGGAAGUGUUUCUGAGGCGGACUAGUGCGAGUUACUUCACCAAGUGCAAUAUUCAGUGCCAUGGGUUGCUCUGAGCCACUUUGACUCCUUUUUAAAUAUCUGUUUAUAUGUGUUUUUUUUCCCUGUGGAGUCGGUUUCACUCUGGUCAGCUGUGUGGAUCUCGACUCUUGAGCUCUUACUUGACACCAGCAGGUUUUUUUUGUGAGCUUGCUGCCUCCUUUAUGCUUAAUAUGUCGAGAUCCACCAAUGUGGCAAAUGAGGAAACUUCUGUCCUAAGAUUUCUGUCCUUAUAAUCGUUGUCCCUUAAGAACCAUACAACUGUCUUCAAUUUCAUAUUUUGGGGCUAAAUGUGUCCCCAGCAGUGAAGUAUAUACACGUUCAUUGUUAAGGGACUAUAAUUGAAGCUGGCCUUUAAUUGAUGUCUGCCAACUUUGCUUCCAGAAUAAGCAACUGAGGCACAUGAAGGAAACUCAACUUACUGACUCCCAAUAUCUAUAUCGUUAUAUCUAAAUAUAUAUCAAUCUAAUAUCAAAUUUCGGUGUAUUUUUACAAACAUUUAAAGUAAAUUUGAUGUAUCAAAUUAUUUUAUGAAUUAGACAUGGUGAAAGUUGCAUUUAUGAAACUAUUUUUUUCUUUAUUCAACCUUCAAUGAUCUUGAUGGUGAGUAUUCAGGCCUCUGCAAGGAAUAAAAUAUGACUUUAGCCUUACAACAAAAACAACCUUUUCCCUUUAAACAUUUUCAAAUUAUUACAAUUUCUUUUUAUACAUUGUGAGUGGACUUUUGUUUUUGUUAUAACAUGACUUCUUAAAAGAGUUUUGGAAGAUUACCUUUUUUUUGCAAAUCUCCUAAAUGUAUAUUUUUCAUUGCAGUGGCCCUAAUGUUCAUGAAAUAUCUCCCAAAUCAAAGCUGAAUAUUCCUUUACAUGGACGUUUUCUGUUGCGGCAGUAGUUUGACCCAGAGAGGAGAAAAGUGCGGAUUUGUUAGAAGUGAACUUAAUGCUGAAUUUCCCUGAGCUGACUUUAGGUGGUGACGGUUUGUGGAGUGCAGGUGUUGGUCUGGUUCUGAUUUAAAAUGCUCCUGCUGCAGGUACAGUGUUGGUCCUUUGAAGUUUGAAGUUUCUUUACUAUUUUCUGUGAGUGCAGUGUCAUGCCCUUAGUGUCUUUUCUAAAAUAUGUUGAUGUGAGAACUUUGCAUGUAUUUUCCACACCUACGUGCACAGCAGCAUUAAUUUUUGUAAAAAAAAUAUUCCAUUGGUGCCAAAUUGUUGCAUUUCCAUGAUCCUGUUGCCAACCUUGUGUAUUUUGACUUGGUCUGCUUUUUGUUUUUCUCCUUUGCAUGAUCUAAUUUAGCUGUAUUGGAUUUAUUUGCACCCUUUGGCGUUUUGUCUUUUUGCAUGCAUUUGUGUUUUACCUCUCUAAAGGCAUGGGGUUGUCAUGUGACCUAAGGCUCAGCUCUUAAGUGGAAAUCACCAUGAAAUGUGACUGUGGGAACUGCAGUAUGAUUCUUAUGUAAGGCCAGCAGUGAACUGAUCUGUGCCUUUUGUUUACUGGUAAGUUUGAAGAGAACGCACAUCUUGGUUGUCUCCUCUAAAUGUACUGUAACAGACUGGAUCUAGCAAUUUCUCACCUGAACCAUAUUAUUUAUGCCAUGUUUUUUGAAAUAAAUAUUUUAAUCCUGA